UUGACUUAAUGAGCAUUAUUUAGAAGUGAGACGUGUGCGAGAACAACUCAAACUCUAAUUCCAAUCUCUGACUGAAGCUUAGCCUAGACAUACAAUGGGUGAACGAAAGGUUCUAAACAAGUACUACCCUCCAGACUUCGAUCCAAAGAAGCUCCCAAAGUUAAAUGUUGGAAAAAACUUUCAGUGUGUGAUUAGAACAAUGGCACCAUUCACCAUGCGUUGUCUCACCUGUGGAAACUACAUCUACAGAGGGAAAAAAUUCAAUGCGAGAAAAGAAACGGCCGAAGGAGAAGAUUACCUGGGGAUCAGGAUUCAUCGUUUUUAUAUACGAUGCCCCGUGUGCCUCACUGAAAUUAUUUUCAAGACAGAUCCUAAAAGUACGGAUUACGUAAUAGAGACAGGAGCUUUUCGUACCCUACAAGCUGAGCACCUAUCAAAAAUGGAAGAGGAGAGACUGCAGCAAGAAAAAGAGGAGAAUGAGGCCAAUAACCCCAUGAUGGCCUUGGAAAACAGGACCAAAGAAUCACGCAGAGAAAUGGACGUCAUCGAUGCUCUGGAAGAUAUUCGCGACUGGAAUGCUCGAAAAGCGACUGUUAAGUUUGAUGAGCUGAUGGACAAUCAUCUUGUGUCUGAGAAACAAGAGCUUGAGCGACAGGAGAAAGAAGACGAGGAUUUGGUCAACACGAUAUUCUCUAGUGCUAGUGUUGGUGGUGAGAGUAUAAAGAGACUAGACGAUGAGGAGGAGGAGGAACCACCACCUGCUAAGAUGGCUAAGAUAGAGGAGAAUUCCUCACUGACUUCAACAGCACCAAGUACCAGUACUAAGACCUCCAAGAGCAAGUCCAAGCUAGCUGGUUUAGUGGUAAAGAAAAAAUUGACCAAUUCCAAUGCUUGUAAGCCUUCUACAACUAAGCAGAAAGUGGAGAACAGUCAGCCACAGGGAUUAUUAGGACUCUUAGGGGUUUACAGCAGCAGUGAUGAGGACUGAAGUUGUUGUUACUUGUGUAUGCUUAGAUCAUGACUCAGAUAUUGAUGGUAUAUGUUUUACGUUUAUAUAUAAUUAUACAUGGUACAUUUUUGUAUUUAAUACAAUGUGACAUUUACAUGUAA